AUGGCGGGUAAUAGGAAGCACUAUACGAAGUCAGACACAUCUAAUUUAUAUUUUCGAACUCCUUUAUUACAAAGUACUUGUUUAAGCAACAAAGUUGGUUGUAAUGUAUACUUGAAGCUAGAGAAUGUGCAGCCAGCGGGCUCUUUUAAAAUUCGCGGUAUUGGAAACUGCUGUAAGAAGGCUUUAGAGAAAGGUUACACUAACAUUGUAUCAUCCUCAGGAGGCAAUGCUGGCUUGGCUGCAGCCUAUGCAGGGAGAAAGCUUAAAAUGCCCACAACUGUUGUUGUACCAGAAAUUACACCUGAUUUUACCAUCGAAAGAAUCAAAGAAGAAGGAGCAAAUGUUAUUGUAAAAGGAAAGGUUUGGGAUGAAGCAAACAUUCAUGCUAUUGAACUUUCCAAAAUUCAUGGUCACUUUCUUGUUCAUCCUUUUGACCAUGACGACAUUUGAUGACCAUCAAAUGCUGGUUCAACUCGCCUGUGGGGCAACCUUAUCUGCAUUAUAUUCUGAUGUUUUACUAAAGUUGCAAAAAAAAGGUCACCUUAAAUAUUUGAAAGACGUUGUUGUGAUUGUGUGCGGAGGAAGUGGUGUAUCGUUAAAGAAACUGAAAGAAU